GUCGGCUACUCACAAGAUGUCUUACCCUCCGCACCUCAAUCGCCAGCAGAUUGGGAUUCCCCAGCUUCCCCCUGGCAUCCCUCCACCCCAGUUUGCAGGCUUUCCCCCAACAGUACCACCAGGAACACCGAUGAUACCAGUCCACAUGGGCCUCAUGACCCCAGCCCCCACGGUCCUGGUGCCCACCUCAAUGUCCAUGGUAGGGAAGCCCAUGGGCCCCCGAAAGGAAGUCACUGGGACGAGAGCCAAGGAGACUGAGGAGAGUGGGGGACCCACCACCACUGUGUUUGUGGGCAACAUCUCGGAGAAGGCCUCAGACAUGCUGGUCCGACAGCUGCUUGCAAAAUGUGGCUUGGUCCUUAGCUGGAAGAGGGUCCAGGGAGCCUCUGGAAAACUUCAAGGUAAAAACAAAACAGCCUUUGGCUUCUGUGAGUACAAGGAGCCAGAGUCCACGCUGCGUGCCCUAAGGCUUCUGCACGAACUACAGAUCGGGGACAAGAAGCUGUUGGUUAAGGUGGAUGCUAAGACCAAGGCUCAGCUGGAUGAGUGGAAGGCCAAGAAGAGGAGUGCAAAUGGGACGGCCAAAGCGGAGGACGGGGGUAAGGAAGAGGAGGAGGAAGAGGUUCUGGAUGAGGAGACAAAGCGACGAGACCAGAUUGUGAAGGGUGCAAUCGAGGGCCUCAUUCGGGAGUACUCCAGCGAGCUCAACGCUCCCUCUCAGGAUGCUGACACACAUCACCGCAAAAAAAGGAAGGAGAAGAAGGAGGAGGAGGAUAUAAAUGCAAUCGAGAUGGAGGAGGAUAAGAGAGACCUGAUUUCCCGAGAGAUCAGUAAAUUCCGAGACACACACAAGAAGCUGGAGGAGGAGAAAGGGAAGAAGGAGAAGGAGCGGCAGGAGAUUGAGAGGGAAAGGAGGGAGAGAGACAAAGAGAGAGAGCGGGAGAGGGAGCGACGGGACCGGGAGAGGGAGAAGGAACGGGAAAGGGAGAGAGAGGAGAGGGAGAAGGAGCGGGAGAGGGAGAGGGAAAGAGACCGGGACCGUGAGAGGACCAAGGACAAAGAGCGGGAGAGGGAGCGUGAGCGUGAGAAGGAGAGGAGCCGCGACCGAAGCAAAGACCGCAGCAGGUCCAGAGAGAAGAGCAGAGAUGAGAAGAAACGGGACCGGGAGGAAGACGAGGAGGAAGCUUACGAGCGCAGAAAACUGGAGAGGAAGCUGAGGGAAAAGGAGGCGGCCUACCAGGAGCGUCUGAAGAACUGGGAGAUCAGGGAGAGGAAGAAAGCGCGCGACUAUGCCAAGGAAGCGGAGAGGGAGGAGGAGCGGCGGCGAGAAAUGGCAAAAGAAGCUAAACGACUGAAAGAGUUCCUAGAGGACUACGAUGACGACAGAGAUGACCCCAAAUACUACAGGGGCAGUGCACUGCAGAAGCGCCUGCGGGACAGGGAGAAGGAGAUGGAGGUGGACGAGCGAGACAGGAAGAGGGAGAAGGAGGAGCUGGAGGAGAUCAGACAGAGGCUACUAGCCGAGGGUCACCCAGACCCCGACGCGGAGCUGCAGAGGAUGGAGCAGGAGGCAGAGCGCCGCAGGCAGCCCCCCGUGAAGCAGGAGCCCGAGUCCGAGGAGGAGGCGGAGAAGGUCCAGAAGGAGGAGAGAGAGCGAAGGGGAGGGGCUGCGGCGGGGACGGAGGCCAUGGAGCCGGAAGCUCAGUCAGAGGACGAGGUGGAGGACGGCGAGGAGGAGGACGGCGAGGAGGAUGACGAGCUGCCCGAGACCAAGCCCUGCCUGAAGCCCACGCUGCGCCCCAUAACCGCUGCCCCCUCUGUGUCCUCCACCAGCGGAAACGCCUCGCCCAACACCCCCGGGGACGAGUCUCCCUGCGGCAUCAUCAUCCCACACGAGAACUCUCCCGAGGCCCCUCCCCCUGAGGAGCUCCGCCCCAAAAUAGGCCUCAGUCUCAAACUGGGCUCAACUGCGAGCCCUGGCCAGCCCAACGCUGUGAAACGCAAGAAGCUGGCAGUGGACAGUGUCUUCAACAAGUUUGACGAUGAAGAGGCAGAUGAGCUGCCCCGCAAGAGGAAACUCGUGCCCCUGGACUAUGGCGAGGACGAGAAGGGGGGCCUGGGACUUGACGGGGCCGAAGUUGCAGGAGCCAAGGGCAGCGUCAACACUGAGGAGAAGCGCAAGCACAUCAAGAGUCUCAUCGAAAAGAUCCCCACCGCCAAGCCGGAGCUCUUCUCCUAUCCCCUGGACUGGGCCAUUGUCGACUCGACUCUGAUGGAGCGCCGGAUCCGACCGUGGAUCAAUAAGAAGAUCAUUGAGUACAUCGGCGAGGAGGAAGCAACGCUAGUGGACUUUGUCUGUUCAAAGGUGAUGGCACACAGCACACCCCAGGGCAUCCUGGAUGAUGUUGCCAUGGUGUUGGAUGAAGAAGCAGAAGUCUUCAUAGUGAAAAUGUGGAGGUUGUUAAUAUACGAAACUGAAGCCAAGAAAAUUGGACUUGUGAAAUAAAAAGGAGCACUGAACGGGGACAAACUCCUGCCUUUUACUCUCUUGGCUUUCAUGUUGUUUGUACCAACCAACAGACUCGUCAUAUACCCCAACAUUACUGAAACAGCCCGAAUGGAGGACUUGUGGGGGUGGGGAUGGUUGAGUGUUUGGUAUUUAACAGCAAGAACAUGUAAAGAUGGGCAUUCUGCCUCCAUCCUACCAGACUCCUGUACAUCUGAACUCCAGCUACUGCUUCUGUGGUGUGAGUGCGUGAGGAUUGCAUGUUUGUAUGUGAUUUAGUGUGUGAGGGAGAGAGCACUAACUGCAUGGCCAAAUGUUAAUUUUCUGAAUCUUGGUGACCUGCAUUUCAGAACUUGUGAAAAGUUAGGACAGAGAGCGAUAGCUGGACUGUAGCAAUACGCUUCAGUCCUGUCUGCCUCUUACUGGCACUCAAUGAAAGUUAAAGCACAUUUGUCACGUUCUGGAUCCAUUUAGUUUUGAUAGUUGGUGGCACAGUUGCAGGGCUGUGUUGAGUACAAAUACUAUGCUUUUUCUGGAUAACAUCUACAUGCCAUCCACUGAGUUUUUCAUGUUUAACCAAACAAUUUGUGAGUGGUUGGAUGUCAGAUUUCAUGUGGUUUGGAGCUGCCCAGAGCAGUUUUCCCUCUGUCUGUUCCAUGUUUUCUGCUGGAUUUUCUCACUUUCUGGGAGGGGCGCUAAGAAAUUGAUGAGGAAUGGAUUUGAUACUGGUUCCUGAAAUGUCUUGGUGCUUGGGGCCCACUGACCCACUUUAAACCUUUGUCCCCUUGAUUGUCUUGUAGACUUUGAAAAAUUAAAAUGAUUCCUUUUUUUAAAAAAAGGUACUAGUUUUCUGUUAAUUCUGCUGCGUGGAAUGAUUGCAAGGUAUAAUUUUGUAGACUUGUGCUGCAGUUUUUAUAUAAUUUGACAUGUACUGUUCAUGUUUUGUAAUACUGUUUUUUUUCCCCCGUAAGCACCCACAACUCGGCUUCCUACACAUUUGGAAAUGUAACAAAGCAUCACGUUUUGAAGAGUCAUCCCUGUUCGGCUGAUCUGCG